UAUAUUUGGCCUUGACUUGAAGCAAUGCAAGCAUAGACGAAUUCAGCAAAGAAGACGUGGCUAGCAGUCUGACUACUACCAUCUAUCUUUACUUCGGCCUCGGUCCCUUACAUCCCGUUUGCCCAUCGGCUCCGGAAUUAAUAUCCUUCUCUCUCCCUUGUCUCAAUUCCGUUCGAUGCAUACACCACAGAUCAACAACAAUGUUACCAGUGACAACGGCGUCAUCGACCUUUCACAUCACCUCUCAGAUGAGGCUAGGAUUCGAGUUGCCAACCCACUAAAAGAUAUCAUGCGAGUGAUCAGCGAGUGCCCAGUCACUGAUCUAAUCCCUAUGGCAAACGGCGAUCCUCAUCACUCGUUCUAUCCUUUCCAGCAAAUCAUGUACGAAGUACCAUCUGUACAGGACCCAUCUGAUCCAGUCACCUCAUGGAACAACUCUGGCCGAACGCAGAUCUUCCAUUCCUAUAGAGAUCAAGAGUGCGCACUACCCAUUAGUAAAGCCUUCCGGUAUUCCCGCGCUGCUGGUCUGGUACAGUGCAAAGAUGCACUCACCAAUUUCUCAAACUUGAUAUUCGCUCCACCGAAUCAUCAUGUCAUGCUGACAUUCGGGAACUCUGAUGGUCUCACAAAGGUCUUUCGUCUCUUCGGCCAGAAGGGAGAUUAUUUCUUGACCGACGAGUUUUCUUAUCCCGGUAUAACAAACUGUCCUCUCCCAUACGGCGUCAAAUGGGUUGGUAUCAAGAUGGAUUCCGGUGGUAUCAUUCCUGAGGAGCUAGAAAAAGUUCUCAUCAGAUGGGAUGAGGCGAAAUUAGGACGACGACCUCGCAUUCUCUAUCUCGUUCCGGUUGGCCAGAAUCCAACUGGAUCAACAUUGAGCGUGGAUCGUCGCAAGAAGAUCUAUGCCAUCGCACAAACAUGGGAUUUAAUUAUCAUAGAAGACGAUCCAUACUAUUUCCUGCGAUACGAUGUCCCUCAAACGAACUGCGCGUCAGCAGAUCCUGAUGAAUUUAUCAAGAAUUUUACAAGCACUUUGAUACCUACGUUCCUGUCAAUGGAUGUCGACGGCCGUGUGAUUCGUCUCGACACGUUCAGCAAAGUGCUUGCCCCUGGAAUGCGAUUGGGUUGGAUCACAAGCAACAAGCUUUUCCACCUAAAGUUGGGAGAAUAUACCGAUUCAUCGACCCAGCCGCCGCACGCCUUCGGACAGAUGUUCGUCACCGAGAUGCUUAGCGAACACGGCUGGAAAAUCGAGGGCUUCUGUCGGUGGCUGAGAAGCUUACGCCUGGAAUACCAGAACCGCCUUGAUUUCCUCCUAGACGUUUUCCAGCGCGAAGUAGAACCCACCGGUUAUGCCAGCGUAAAGCGCCCUGAAGCAGGGAUGUUCGUGUGGAUAGAAGUAUUUUUCGAGAAACAUCCUCGGUUCGUUCACGAACGGUGUUCUGGUGGCUCGCCUGUUGUUGCGCGGACUAAUACGGAAUGCCUCCUGAAGGAGCUUUUUGAGACGUUGAUGAAUGUUCAAGGCGUCGCCUUUGUGCCGGCUUCCAUGUUCACUAUUCCAGAAAAUGCUCUGUGGGUGGAAAGCGAUGGGCAUGUGCCGUUGGGCGAUCGCACCAGGUUUCUACGCGCAACGUUCGCUAGUACGGAGGACAUCAUCGAAAAGGGUAUGAUACGCCUUGGCAAGGGUUUACGAGAAUUCUUUCAAGAAUAGCAGGAAGAGCAUCCGCAGUGAUUACAAGUACACGCAACAUUAAAAGUACAUGCGUUCGUGAUGAAAGAAUAAAUCGCGAUCACAAAGGCACAGGAUCUUCAAGCGUCAAAGUCUUGUCCGCGACACGCCUCAUGAGUUCAUCCGCCCUAUCCAGAUUCGCUUGUAU